CCGCAAGCUAACUUAUUAGCUUCAUCGAUCACAUAAAUGAUUCCAAAGUCUCUGGUGGGAUUCAAGUGUUUUGUCUAAAACCCUCUUUUCAGACAAGAUAGAAGAUCUUAUUACAAAGUCCAUAUGGGAGUGUUAAGAAAUGGCUCAAACAGCGGGAAUGCAGGACGUGGCAGACAAGAGACCAACAAUGUCAAUAGCACGACAACUUUUCAGAUGCCAUACAAUUGUUCUCGAAAGCUUUUUAUUGAAGGCAUCGGAUUCAUUGAUAUAUCCAUUGUAAAUGGUAGAGAAAUCAAACUUUUUGACAUCGAGUUUCGUAGCAAGCUGAAAGAGAACGUUUCCUUCUCAUUAGAAGAUAGAAAACUAAAGAUUCAACCAAGUUUUUACACUACCGUCACUGAUAAGGAAAUCGACCCCGAUCAAGAUGUGAUGGUCACUACCAAAGUAACGCAGGGAAAUUUGACUAUUCGUUUGAAAGCUGGAAAUGGAAAUGUCUUGCUACAUCAACAAACUGAAAUAUCCAACACGGGUACAGAUUUGACACAAGACGUGGCCAGGACAAAUAUUGACGAAGACGCUGAUGUUGAUGAUACAGUUCUGGCAUUUGUCGAGGUUUCAUCUCCGGGCGAAGAACAUGCCGAUAUGACAGACGAAGGAGCAAUUGCAGCUGCAUCUAAAAGCAUAUGUGCACCUGAAGGAGAUAAAAGGAAGAGAGAAGAUAGCGUUGAUGAUGUUGAUAAUGAUGAAGACGACCAAUUCUUUGAAAUUGAAUAACAAUACUAUGUAUUUAUUCAGUGAUUUCUGUGAAAUCUUGGCAAGUUUUAAUAUUUAUACUUCCCCUCAAUGAUUUAUAUUUAUUUUAUUUCUUAUCCACAUCAGGCAUCUGUACAAUUUUGGUGAUAUUUAAAUAUGUACUAUCUUAAGUGUAAACUCCAUAGAGCCAUGGGAAGUCCAUAGAAAAAUCUUCAUAACAAUAUACAUUGAUAUUAUCCUCAAAUAAGUCUUAAAACAAACUGAAAUUUCCAUCUUUAAAAAAAUCUUAUGUCCUUGAAAGUUUUUUUUCGUUACAUAAACGAAACCAAGAACCGUACCA